AUGGUCUGCAUCCCGUCUUCGCUCUUGCUAGCCACCAUCCCCGGUACCUGUCAUUCUUCGGGCUGUGCAAAAUCUUGCGCUGGAAAUAUUUCACCAAUGGUCAACGCAAAGAGCAGCUCCUCGAGCCUGCCGACGCUCGCCGUGUGCGUGACGGGCAUCUACGCGUCGUUUCUGUCGUGGUCAUAUCUACAGGAGAAAAUUGCGUCCAAGAACUACUCGUCGCUCGGGAACGCGUACUUCAAGUCGCCGCUCAUCAUUAAUACCAUCCAAGCAUUCUUCGCCAUGAUCGUCGGGACGGCGUACCUGUCGUUCAAGUCGCACCGUGUCAAUACGCCGGUGCAGUUUCUGUUCACCAACCGCUCGGUUUUCCACAACUUUGUGCUCAUCGCUCUGACCCAGGCCGUUUCGUCUCCAAUAGCAUACCAGUCGCUCAACCACCUGGACUACCUGUUCUAUCUACUGGCCAAGUCGUGCAAGUUGAUCCCGGUGAUGCUGGUUCAUCGGGUGAUAUACCGCUCGACGUAUCCGAUGUACAAAUAUCUCGUGGCAUUGUGCAUCACCGCCGGAGUGGUGCUGUUCUCCUUGAGCAACCAGUCCAAGUCCACCAGCAACGACGGUCAAAUUCUGCUUGGGUUUGGCUACCUUUUCGUGUCGCUCUUGCUGGACGGACUCACCAACUCGACCCAGGACCAGCUGCUCUCGAAAGAGGGCCCCGUCAAGAUCACGGGAGCACAUCUCAUGUCUGGCCUGAACCUGCUUAACAUGGUGUUCACGUUCGCAUACAUGUCGCUGUUCACAACACAGCUGGACUAUUUCCGCGCCUUUGUUUCCCAGAACGGCUGGGAGGUGGUGCAGGACAUCGUUCUGUUUGGAUUGUUUGGAUCUCUGGGCCAGAUAUUUAUAUUUCUCACUCUGGAGAAGUUUGGCUCCCUGCUGCUGGUGACGGUCACGGUGACGCGCAAGAUGUUCUCCAUGUGUCUUAGCGUGUUCCUGUUUGGCCACCAACUCAACUUUGGCCAAUGGACAGGACUCGCGGUGGUGUUUGUGGGCAUCUUCUUGGAGUCGUUUUACAAGAAGCUGGCCAAGCCCAAGAAAGAUUAA